ACAAUUUCGCAUUCGAAAGAACCGCACCAAGGUCAAGAAAGGUGAGAGAUGUGAACAGCAUCAGUGAGAACAUAGCUUACUCUGCAAACGGACUGUACGCGGCCCUGGGUUCAGCUGCCUUCAUGGUACUCUCUGUCACGCUAGCCGUUUACUUAUACAAGAAAUUUCAUAGACAACAGAAAUCAACUCCUCAAGCUAACAGCCCAUGUUAAAUGUUAAAUUAAUUUUGUAAAAGGAAUAAUUGUGAUAUUAUAUUUGUAAAUGGUCACUUGCGUCACCAUUGUUUUGCUAUUUUUGUAUAAAAUGGCCGCGAUAUAAUACGAAAUCCUCACUGCCUUAGCUUAAUAUUUACAGUCGCUUUUAGAAUAUCUAUUUUAUACAUGAAAUAGUGCCAUACGGAUCAAAUAUAUUAUCAAUGCAUACUCACAAAAUGUAUAUUUGUAAUCCCUAGUCAAUGUAUGUAUUUGAAAUCAUCACAAAAAAUUAUAAAAUGUGUUUUUAUAUUUGUAUAAAAUUUUCUUGAUAAUGAAAUGAUAUACUCAUUUGUGAUAUUUUUGUUGUAAAUAUAUUUGUCAGUACAAUUAUGUGGCCAUUAAAUGUAUAUAACUAACUAACGGUGAUUUUAUGUACAUGUUGCGAAUAAAUACUAAGAAAAUGAUAUAAAUGGAGUAUAUUGUAGACACCUUUAAGGUAUGUAGCAUGUACGUAACAUCACUAAAAUCAAUUUUCAAUUUGUAAUGUUAGUAAGAUUACUUUCGAAGUCAAUCUAAGUAAAACAUUCUAUGAAUGUCA